GAGUGGUUAGUUUUGAAUAAGCAUUGGAAUCUCCUCAAAAUUGAGCUGCCACUGCUCUCAACCUUCUCUCUGUCUCCUCCUCUCUUCGCUUCGGAACUUCCGAAGAUUCGAUUUUUUUUUUACUAAUAAACUAUUUCGAAAUUCUUCCCCUCCUCUCAAUCUCUGUAAUCACAAUAUAGACAGCAAAGCUUCUUCCUUUCUUCGAUUCCUUUGUUCAAACAAUGGCGAAUGCAUCUGGCUUCUUCACUCAUCCUUCGAUUUCCUCAAUGCGAAGCAGAACCCACCUCCCGAUUCAAGUUUCUGGAUCUGGGUUUUGCGUCUCGAAACGAUUCUCCAAAAGGGUCCUCUGCUCUAGCCUCAGCUCCCUCGAUGACAAUGCUUCUCGUUCUCCUUCUCAAUACCGACCACCCAGGCUAGUUCCGAGUGGCUGCAAACUGAUUGGAUCUGGUUCAGCUGUCCCAAGUCUUCUCAUUUCUAAUGAUGAUCUCGCGAAGAUCGUCGAUACUAAUGAUGAAUGGAUAGCUACUCGCACUGGUAUCCGCAACCGUCGAGUUGUAUCAGGCAAAGAUAGCUUGGUUGGCUUAGCAGUGGAAGCAGCGACCAAAGCCCUUGAAAUGGCGGAGGUUGCUCCUGAGGAUAUUGACUUAGUCUUGAUGUGUACCUCCACUCCUGAUGAUCUCUUUGGUGCUGCUCCACAGAUUCAGAAGGCGCUUGGUUGCACAAAGAACCCUUUGGCAUAUGAUAUCACAGCUGCUUGUAGUGGAUUUGUUUUGGGUCUUGUCUCAGCUGCUUGCCAUAUAAGAGGAGGCGGUUUUAAGAAUGUUUUAGUGAUUGGAGCUGAUUCUUUAUCUCGCUUUGUUGAUUGGACUGAUAGAGGAACUUGCAUCCUCUUUGGAGAUGCUGCUGGCGCUGUGGUUGUUCAGGCUUGUGACAUUGAGGAUGAUGGGUUAUACAGUUUUGAUGUGCACAGCGACGGAGACGGUCGUAGACAUUUGAAUGCUUCUGUUAAAGAAUCCCAAACCGAUGGUGCUUUGAGCUCCAAUGGGUCAGCGUUGGGUGACUUUCCACCGAAGCAAUCUUCAUAUUCUUGCAUUCAGAUGAAUGGACAAGAAGUGUUUCGCUUUGCUGUCAAAUGUGUUCCCCAAUCUCUGGAGUCUGCUUUACAAAAAGCUGGUCUUCCUGCUUCUUCCAUUGAUUGGCUCCUCCUUCAUCAGGCAAACCAGAGAAUAUUAGACUCUGUGGCUACAAGGCUUCAGUUUCCACCGGAACGAGUGAUAUCAAACUUGGCUAAUUACGGCAACACAAGCGCUGCUUCUAUCCCUCUAGCUCUUGAUGAGGCGGUGAGAAGCGGGAAAGUUAAACCGGGACAUACCAUAGCCACUUCCGGUUUUGGAGCCGGUUUAACUUGGGGUUCAGCAAUUAUCAGGUGGAGAUGAAUGGUGAAAGUCCAACAUGUAAGUUUACUUCAGAGCCAAAGUUUACUUUUCUCUUCCACAGGGUAGAGGAACCACUGGAAAUUGGUUUAAACCGGUCUGGUUUAAUCCGGUUGAACUGGAAGUAGAGCGCAUUUUGUUUGAUUUCGUUUCAUUUUCACUUUCGAGGUUUCAUUGUUUACUUGUUAGUUAUUGUUUCCUUGGAUCUUUUUCUGUUCUUGAAAACCUUUUUUUUUGUUGGUGAUAGAUGAAUAGUUGUUCAAACCAUAUUUGUUCAGAA